AUGGACAGUGCUCCUUUGAAAACAAACCCAUUUUCCGAUCUUGCAAAGGGAGAAAGAGCCCAGCAGUUGGACACUGCCGUCCCAUCCAGCGAUCCGGUUUGCAGAGAUAACAACGGAGAUGGCAGUGCACGUCAUUUAAAAUGUAAUAAUAAUGGAAGUGACAGUGACAGUGACAGUGACAGUGAUGGGCCCACCGAAUUGUCUCUACUAGAUCCAGUAGAAGUAACCCAUCAACUACUAACUGCAGAGUCUUCUAUAACAAGUGAUGCAGACUCUCUUAACUCCGUGCGUAGAGCUCCUAAUCAAAGUCAUCCAUUAGAGAAUAUACCAGAACUCCCGAGAAGACCACCUUUGUUGCCCAAGAGAAGAACGAGUGAAUCGGUGAAGCGUGUCUCCAUAUUGGAUCCGGGAUCCUGUUCCACGAUUGAAACAUACAAUUUCCUAGAAAACAGAGAUGACACAACUUACACCAAACCCUUAAGUCGGCUGAAUCACCAAAAAGCUUCUAAGGAUGAAGCAUUAAAAACGUCUUCUCAAACCCUGCCCAGGAUUACUCUGGUUAAUCUGACAAAGAUGCAAGCAUUGCCGGCCAAUUCAGCCACAAAAUCCUUAUCAACUGCGUACCCAUGUUCAAACGGAAAAAUGACAAGCGGAGUUGGCUUCAACAGCAAUAACCCUAACGUCCAUGCUUUAAAUUCCACUUCCAAAGGAGGGAGGGCUUCCUCAUUACCAAAAAUUACCGUUUCAGAGUCAUCCCAUGACUCGCAGGCGUCACCAUCGCUUCCACCACUCCCAAAUAGGAGCUCUUUCAGUGAUCCCACCAAAACUAAUGCUGCCCAACUACUUGAAGCUUAUGCUAGGAGAUCGUCUCUUUCCAGUGUGGAUAGCUAUUCAUCCGCUGAUGAUAAUCUUAGUAGCAGGGAAUACAGUUUGGAUUCGUCUGAAGAGCUAGACAAAGACACGUUGAGAAGUUUGGGAAUCACUGAUGAAGAUAUCAGACUACAAUCCCAGAUUGAAGCAAGAUAUGAGCAGGUUCGUGAUGAAGAGCUACGUAUAAGAAGACAACUAAUUCACAAUGAGAUGAAUUUGCCGACAAACGAUGAAGACCAUUCUUUACUUGACAUAAAUACUGUAUCAAGAGCCCAUAGUAGUACAUCGACCGAUGAAAAUUCUUUAACUCCUACAAUGUCCAACAGUUCCUACUCUAUAGAUAUAUUUGCCGGUGGGGAUUUAACAGAGGAAGAAUUCAUAAAAUUAUUACCGCCUGUACCUGAAUAUACCGAAAAGGCGCUUGAUACCGAGCUUUCUAUACCGAACGGUAAAGCAAUUGAUAUAAUGCAAAUAAAUGAACAUAGUAUCACAGAAAAACCUCCUGCAUAUUCCCCUGUUUCUGAGAAUCUAAGAGCAUAUAUCCAACGGCCACAAUUCUCUCAAACAGGUGGUGAUACUUAUUCGUAUCGUAGACGAGAAAGAGAUUCACAAUUACGGUAUUUCCGUACCAGUCUCAAUUCGAGAACUGGUAGCUCAAUAGUAGUCCCACUAAGAGUCUCUUCACGAUCUUCCCGUCGCCCACCUCCGACGAGAUCAAUGAUACCACCCUCUAUUAAUUCGAGAUACUAG